UUCAUCUCGGUGGAGCUGGUGAACGAGAGCCUCUUCGAUUGGAACGUGAAGCUGCACCAGGUGGACAAGGACUCGGUGCUGUGGCAGGACAUGAAGGAGACCAACACGGAGUUCAUCCUGCUCAACCUCACCUUCCCGGAUAACUUCCCCUUCUCGCCGCCCUUCAUGCGGGUGCUCAGCCCGCGGCUGGAGAACGGCUACGUGCUGGACGGCGGCGCCAUCUGCAUGGAGCUGCUCACUCCGCGCGGCUGGUCCAGCGCCUACACCGUGGAGGCCGUCAUGCGCCAGUUCGCUGCCAGCCUAGUCAAGGGCCAGGGACGGAUCUGCAGAAAAGCCGGCAAGUCAAAAAAGUCCUUCAGCCGCAAGGAAGCCGAAGCAACCUUUAAGAGUUUGGUGAAGACUCAUGAGAAAUACGGCUGGGUCACCCCGCCCGUGUCUGACGGCUGA